AUGAAGUCCAUGGAGCUCAACGAUGCCGUGCUGCGGACUCGCCGGGCUUUGGAAGCCUUGGCGGAGCGCUGGCCAGCCCAGGGGCCCAUGACCCAGGCGAUCAAGGAGAUCCUGCAGGAUGAGGAAGGGCUGUCAGAGGAGGGCUUGAGCUGGAGCAAGGAAGUCGGCCUGGCCUUUGUCCUACCUCGAGCAGCCCUUCAAUGUGUCCCUCUCGCGGCCAACGAGCCCCGAGACGGGCUGCAUCGCACGGCUACUUUCGUCCGCAUCCCGGACGCAUCGUCCAAGCUGGUCGUUGCACCUGCCGGUCCUUGCGGCUUCGGGGUGUAUGCUACAGCGAGAAUCUCUUCCGGCGAGCGGCUUGGCCGCUUGGUGCGAGACCAGCUGAGAGCCAAGAAAGGAGAGUACACCGGAGAAAUCCGACGCUAUGAUAUUUGGUGCGACGAAAUCAAGGCGCUCAAAGUGAAGCGCCGAAAUUCCGAUGCCUCCUCGCCCUUCAUCCGCGAGGAGCUCUACGCCGCCUGGGCAGGCUCGGGACCCGCUGAAAAAGGUGUGGUUAUUGACGCCUACCACAAAGGCAACCUCAUGCGUUUCAUCAACUGCAGCUGCAAGCCAAACUGCAGCUUUAAGAGUGUAUGCGCCCAAGGAGAGCCUCACGGCCGGCUGCAGGUAAAUGCCUUGCGGGCCAUCGAAGUUGGAGAGCAGCUCUCUGUGGACUAUGGUUGGUACCACGACCCUGCAACGUUGGAAGAUAUCCGCAAGGAGGCAGUCGCGGUCUACUCGUCGGAUCUGCCACAGCUGCAGGCCCUGCAGCUCCCGGAACCUGUGAUUGGCGACGACGCCUCCGAGGCAGUGCAGCUGGUGGCCGAAGCCCUCAAGGAAGCUCGUGGCCGCCCCGGCUUGCGCAGGCGGCCUCACAACUUCCUGGCAGGGAUGCUGGACUCCGAGGCGCUGGCAAGGUUCCUGGAAUCCGGCAAGCGCUUCUCGGAAGCCGCCACAUACCGCGCCAUCCCGGACCCGGUCUGGCUGCUGUACGAAGUCCUGGGGGCGGAGAGGCCUUCUCAAUACAGAACCAGAAAGCGUUCCAGCGAUGCUAUGCAGCCAGCCUGUCCUGGCAACGGAGGCUUUCUCCGACUGCUUCACGGAGAGGCCCGGCGCCUCCUGUCCAGCGCUGCAAAGACCAGCAGAGGUCCCGGAGGAUGCGAGAAAUGCCGCCGGCUGCUGGGCGUGGGCCGAAGUGCCUCUCGGGAAAAGCUUCGCCGGGCCUUCCUGGCAGCAGCAUGGAAGCAUCACCCCGAUGGUCUCGGCGAGGGCGACUUCGUCGAGCUGCGGCGCUGCUACGAGCUCUUGCUCGAGAAUUGUGACGACUCAGAGUCAGGUCAAGAUGAGCUCCCAUGUUCGGGCACGCAGGAGCAGGACGAGCCGGUGCAGUCUAAACAAGCGUCGCGACGACGGCCUCUCCAGAGCGGCUCUGCGCGCUGGGCCUCUGCGCGAGCUCCAGGCCUUGCUGCGAAGAUCGCUGCACCUGAGCGCCUGGAGGUCAGAGUGGAACUGGCACUCACUGCCUCUCCGCUGCCACCCUUCCUUUGGGCUACAGCGGCGACGGCAGGUCGUGGCCCGUGGCGCGAACGCCCGGGCUUAGCAUUCUGCGGCUUUUACUAUCGCACCAUCGAUUACAACGCUGCACCGGCUUUUGCCCACACCCAAUUCCGCUUCUACUUGUUCUGGAGCCGAUUCUUCAGUGAUUGGAAAAUCGCCGGUGCACUCAGCGAGAAAGGUGCUUGCACUGCCUUUUUCGACGGCCGUCGCGAUGACCCUCCAUGGGGCUGCGCCGCAAAUGGCGAUCCAAAGCCGCAGCAGUGGGCUGUGUGGGAUGCCGAUGCUGAUUCGUUCGCAAAGCAAGCCGUUCUCGUCAGGCCAAUUCAGAGAUGCAGACCGUGA